GAAUAUCGAUUCAACAAAUCUAUUAUCGCACGAUGAAAUAUCGGAAUUCAGAAUAAUCGAUACGAUAUCGAACAUUCCUAGUUACAUUUUUGUUUACAUUUUGUAUUUGGGACUGCGUUCCUAAUAAAAUAUUAGGGAAAACUGGUUAAAGUUUUCUGAUGUUGCAUUUCGUUCUAAUCGAGGCCGGUUUUACAAUGAUUAAUCCGAUUUACAGUUAAUUUCGUUUCGCGCUGCUUCGCAUGAAUACGAAUUUCAAAUCCCAGCUGCCCUUCAAUAAUGGCGCUUCACGAUUUUCCAAUCAAAGGGCGUAAAGCCGUUAAGAAUAGACCAAAGCGUUUGCGGAAAGGGCCGGUGCACAAGUGGAGCGAACAGGAACAGAAUAAUCUGUUAGAUUUCGUACGCAAGAACUUGCCAAUUGAAAAACCCAAUGCACGAUUGUAUUACCAGCGCUUCCUUAAUCAAUCCAAAAUAGCAAUUGAAGGACGACUAGUGCGCAGCAAAGUCAGAAAUUUGCGCGUUCAGUAUACAAAAGCCAAAUGCUGGCAAAGCUCAACUGAGGCAAUGUCGCUAAGCGAAGAAAUUCGACGAGAAACGGUUUUGAAAAUGUGCAACUUUUUUGAUGUUUUCGAGGACAUAUCAAAUCGACACGGAAUCGAUAUGCAAUGCUCAUUUAAAUCAGUAGAGUUUCCUCAAUACUUCAAACAAAGCGAUUCCAAAAAUGACCUAUCUAAAUGCGCUAAAAUAAGCUCCAACAAUGGUGAUAGUGAUAUCGUUCGAGUUCGGGUAAGCCCAAUAAGACAUUUUCAAAGGUUGGAAACCCAUGCACAACUACAUACGCAGUUCGAACAAUCCGAAUCUGCCGGCCCAGAUAUAAAAAAUGAGCUGGAGCUUAGUCUAUCCGUUUCUGCAGGUGGGUUUGACCACAUUUCAAAUGAAGCUUCAGAUUCAUCAAUGGAACCCACCUCCCACAAAAAGGACUACUCAGAUUCAAUUUAUAAGUCUUCUAGUAUAAACUGUGAGUCUGAUGAGCUCAACAGUAGGCUAGAAAUGAAUGGCCACCCGGACUUUGAGGAAAGAAAAUUAGCUUUGGAAAUUGAAAAAUUUCAUUUUGAAAAGGAAAAAUUCUGCUACGAAAAGGAAAAAGAUAUUAAAAUGCAAGAGCUUCGGAAGUGGGAGCUUGAGAGCCAUGAGAGGUUAAAGAAGCUGGAAAUACAAAUGCAGGAGCGAAUAGCAAUGCAAGAUUUAAAUAUCAAAGAACGAGUUGCCAUCAUGAAACUCAAGAGAAACAAUUAAUUUUUAAGCACAAAGCAACCGACUUCAGUUCUCAUAUAAA